AUGGAUUCACCAGCGGAACAGGGCGGUCCGCGCAAUUCACAGCCAGAGGAAGAUGACACCGACGCAUUGCUUGCUUCGCUUGAAGAUGAAGAUGACUCUUCAUAUCGCACUCAAAGGCUGAAUGAGUUGAAAAGCGCAUCAGCAGCUACUCAGACCACCACGACAUUCAAUACCUCGAAAAAUCACUACAUCACGCUCACCAGUGAUGAUCAGGCUUUGAGCUUUACUACCGAACACGAGAGGGCCGUGGUGCAUUUCUUGCACCCUGACUUCGCAAGGUGCAAUACUAUGGACACCCAUUGUCAGAUAAUUGCAGAGAAGCAUGCUGAAUAUGGCAAUGCAGAUGUCGCGUUUGCCAGAGUCGAUGUCAAAAACUGCCCGUUUGUGGUUGAGAAGCUUGGGGUGAGAGUGUUGCCAUGUGUCAUUGGUUUCGUCAAGGGAGUUGUCAAAGGCCGAAUCACCGGAUUUGAAGGAUUGUGUUGGGACGGAAAAGAGGGGAGCAUGAAUGUAACAAGAGCUGUCGAAGAAGCGCUUAUGAGCUGGUCCAUCCUACGCAAGCGGCUUCUUUUUGCUCAUGACGACGAAGCUAGCGAUGACGACGACGAUGAUGCCAAUAAUGGCUCUGACAGGAGGCGGGCAGGUCGUAGGGGUAUCCAAGGCCGCAAGCAGCAGAUUGAAGAUGCCGACGACGACUGGGACUAA